UUUUCAAACACCUUGGAUAUGGCGGCCACGAGCUUCGCGAAUGUGGCGAGGGUGCGCAGGAGGACGAUUCAAUCGUUCUCAUCGAAUGGAUGGCAGCGUGGUGUAGGAAAUGCAUCUACUUGAAGCCUCAAUUGGAGAAGCUGGCUUUGGAAUUCCUGUCUUUGCUUUGCAGAGCAAAAUUCUUUUGUGUGGACGUCAAUGCCGUUCCACACGCAUUGAUUAAACGCGUUGGUGUUUCGAGAAUGCCAACUAUUCAGCUGUGGAAGAACAAGGAAAAGAGAGCAGAGAUCAUUGGAGGUCAAAAGGCCGAGCUGGUUGUGGAAGAAGUCCGGCAAAUGUUGCAGACCCUCGAAAAGUGACUCGUUCGUUGGAACUUGAGGACGCCAUUCCACCAACAUUUUUAUCCCUCGGACUAAAAGUGCCUGUAUAUGGUGGUAUGUCUUUGUUUUUUCUACAGACUUGUAAAUGAAAAGCUGAAUCUCUACGUCAAGGUUUACUCGACGAGCCAAAGCAAAAGAACUUUUGUCAGAGAUUUCCAUGAGAUCCAUCAGAAUAGAAAUAAGGAGAUCAGAGAUUUGUCGCGCUUGAUUGCGGCUAUAAAGACGUGCAUCAAGAGCAGGGAUCUGGAAAUGGGGUACAAACUUCACGCAGAGGCAGCUCAAAGUGGAGACGACUCAAACAUUUACGUAGCAAACACACUGGUAAACAUGUACGCCAGGUGUGGGAGCUUGACAGAGGCUCGCAGGCUUUUCGACAGGAUGGAUCGCCAUGACCUUGUGUCAUGGAAUGUUAUGGUGCUGGGAUACGCUGACAGUGGCUACGCAGAACUGGCACUGGACCUCUUUCAACUCAUGCAAACUGAUGGCUUUGGUCCAAACUCUCGAAGCUUUGUAGCCACCUUCAAAGCUUGUGCUUGUCUAGCAAAGCAAGAAGACACGACCCUGAUCGAUGGGAAGCUUGUGAAGCUCAGGGCUCUCGAGAAAGGCAUGGCUCUCCACUCCCAAGCUGCAAGUUUCGGCUGUGACAUGGACAGAUUCGUAGCAAACGUGCUGGUGGACUUUUAUGCAAACUGUGGUAGUAUGGAGGAUUCAAGCAGGGCCUUCUACGGGAUCCAGAGUCCGACUGUGGUUUCAUGGACUGCAUUGGUUCUCGGAUAUGCUGAAAACGGGCAGGGAGAGAUGGCCUUGGAAAUGUUUUCACAACACGAGGGUGCUGAGAUGGAUUUUCUAAGUUUUGUGGCGGCACUCAAGGCUUGCAGUGUUUUGGCCGUGAAGGAAAAGGCAGCAAAACGAGCCAAUGGCUCCUUGGUGAAGAUCAUUUCUCUGGAAAGAGUCAUGAAGAUCCACUCCGAGACGUCAAGGAAGAAGUGCGAUUCGGACUUAUAUGUGGCGAGCUGCCUGGUGGAUACUUACGUCAAGUGUGGGAGCAUGCUAGACGCGCGUAGGAUUUUUGACAGGAUGACGCAGCGGAAUGUGGUCUCCUGGAAUUCGUUAAUCUUGGGGUAUGCCGAGAAUGGAGAAGAGGAAGUGGCUUUAGAACUGUUCGGGCGGAUGAACAGCGAAGUCUUUAAGCCAGACGCUCAAACUUACGUUGCAGCGUUGAGCGCUUGCACUCGACUGGCGACUAAAGAAGUACCAAGGGACGCAGAAGAUGGCUUUCAGAUUUGGGCGAACUUUGUGGACCUGGAGAAGGGAAUGGCUGUUCAUGCACGGGCUGCUACCGAUGGCUUCGACUCCAACGUCUACGUUGCAAGCAGUUUGAUCGACAUGUAUUCCAAGUACGGUGUCCCAGACGAAGCUCGAAAGGUGUUUGACGAGCUCCAUCCUCCCAGGAACAACAUCGUGACUUGGCAUGUCAUGACCCAGGGAUACGUAGAGAAUGGAGAAGCUGAGCUUGCUCUUGAGCUGUUCACGUUGAUGCUGCUUGAGGGGACGUGCUCGCCUAAUGCUCGAACUUUCGUAGCCGCGUUCAAGGCGUGUACUCUACAAGCAGAGAAGGAACAUGAAGGAAGCAAUCUUCCCAAAGUUAUGGCCUUGGAGAAAGGAAUGGCUCUUCACCGUUUAGCUUCGGACAUGAGGCUGGACACCGAAGCGUUCGUGGCAAGCUCUUUGAUAGAUCUGUACGCGAAGUGCGGCACUAUGGACGAUGCCUGGAAAGUUUUCGAGAAGACACCAGGGCGGGAUAUGGUUUUAUGGACGGCACUUCUGCUUGGCUACGUCUCGAAUGGUGAAGAAGAGCGAGCUCUAGAGCUUGUCAAGUUCGUGGAGCUUGGCGAUGAUGCUGAUCGAUCGAGAAUUCUCUCGGGACUCAAUCUCUGCGCGUGCUUGGGAUCCAGAGGGGAAGUGGACGCAAAGAUGGUGUGCCUGGAGAGAGGCAUGGCGUUCCACUUUCAAGCUUACCAUGCUCGCUGGACUGGAAUGACUACGAGGUGGCUCGCGGACUUGUGGCGAUGUACGCCAAGUGUGGGAGCAUGGGGGAUGCUCGACGAGUUUUCGACACCAUUCCGAGAGACGACGUCGCAGCAUGGAACUCGAUGGUCCUGGGCUAUGCCGAGAACAAGCAAGCAGCGCUGGGCUUGGAGCUCUUUCGAGAGAUUCCUCCUCGAGUUUUGGACGCUCACAGCUUGGCUGCUGCUCUCAAGGCUUGUGGAAGCCUGGCCUCUUUGGGACGGGGCAAAGCCACUCAUGCUCUAG